AUGGACGAGAACGCGAAGAAAGUCGAUGCUGGAAAUGCAGACAACGAAGACUCCGACGUUCGUCAAGACAAGCCGGCAAAGCGGCAAGUGCCAAGGGGGAUGCUCUGGUGCGACCGAAGCGUCGACACGUUGUUCUCGCUCUGGUACAAUUCCCCUCUGGUGUCCAGAUUCGACUCGAAGAACAACAGUGGCAAGCGUGUGGCGUACGUGAUGCUGGUGCCAGAGCUCAGCGUCGUGAAUUCGUCGCAAAGCAGGUGCAAGACAAGGUGCUUUGCCAAGAUGAAAUCGGAAUGGUCCGCGUCGAAGCCAAGUUUGCCCAGUCCAACGGGGACCUUGUCCAAGGCUCAACUUCCAAUGCACUAUGGCAUCAUGCUGGAGUACUGGCACGAGGAGGACGACGUUGAUAAAGACUGA